AUGGGCAUUCUGGGGCCAACUCCUUUGGAUAUAUUCCAGCGUGGAAAACGCAGCCAGGGAUUGUUUACCGAGGAUGAGCGCCUUGCAAAGACUUGCGAAAACAACCUGGAAGGCAGCUGCAAACAAUACAUAAUCAUCCCAGCCGGAGUCAGUUUGGGACGUGGAAACAGUUCCUCAAAGGAAGAAAUAAGGGGAUAG